AUGGGCUUACUUUUUCGGUCCGAUUUGCAUAUUGGCCCGGCAGCCUUUGAGCAGUAUCGAGACCGGCCUAUUCACUUCAUAAAUGGAAUCUCCCUCUUGCGUCACCGCACAGCCUGUCCAUUCGACACGGGCUGUCAUUGCGCAAUGCCCAGCACAGGAAAUAUCCGCUUGCGAAGGUCUCACUCGAAUGCGAGCUCGAUCUGGAUCUGUCUGGAGGGUCCAGUCAGCCUAGGUCGCUUACGGUGUGGUUCAAGGGGCUCUUCGCGCAGCAACACGAUCCGGUACAUGCAUUUCGGCGCUCGUCUCCUUCACAGGUCGUUCAUGGGCCGUUUUCACACUGUGCUCAUCGACAAUGUCGCAUUUGGCGGUUGGGGGCUUGAGAAUGAGAGGCUGGCUCUGACGGACUCGUAA